CUCCUCUUUCCCGAUACCUUUCUAUUCCCAGCGCCCAAGCCCCAACCUCCCCAACUCGUCACCGAUGCUGGAGUGCGGGAGCCCUAGCCGCCGGAUGGGCCGCCUCCGCCCCCGCCUCCGGUAGCCUCCCUGCCACCGUCCCUCCUCCUCCUCCUCCUCUUCCUCCCCCUCCCCGUUCUCCUCCGCACGAGAACCCCCACACCAAGGAGGCCAAAUCCAGUUCCUGGCGAGCCGGCGGUCCGGCGGCGACCUCCUGCUCAUCCCCGUUCUCCUCCGCCCCUGCCUCAACCCUCCCCGACAACGACCGGAGCCGCUCCGUUGCAAGCUGCGUCGACCCGGCCCUCUCCAGUCCUCCGUGAACCAUUCCGCCACAAGCUCCGCCGCAAGCUGCAGUAGCAGCUCGCCCCUCGUCCGCCCCUGCACGUCGUCUUGCUUCAGUAGCAACUCAAGGCGAGAGUUCUGUUCAGAAUGGCCGCCGAAUGGACUGAUGAUAACACUAGGAUUAUCACCGAGUUGUUUGUCGAACAAGUGCGGUUGGGAAAUAGGCCAAACACUCACUUGACCCCCGCUGCAUAUGAGGAGGUUGCUCGUAAAUUCAAAAUGCUGACCGGUAAGGAGUACAAGCAGUCUCAACUGAAAAACAAAUGGGACAAACUGAAAGGUGAGUAUGGCAUAUUCAAGAGACUGAAAAUACAGACUGGAGGGGGAUGGAACUUAGAGAAAAACACUGUGACACAAGAUGCUGAGUGGUGGAAGAAGGCCAAAAAGGACAAUCCUGGUUGCGGCAAGUUCAAGAAGCAGGGGCUUCGCAAUGAAGAGAACCUCAAGAUCAUGUUUGAAGACAUCACUAGUGAUGGUACAGACCAUUGGAAUCCUACUUCGGGCGUACCACUGCCUUCCAGCGAAGCAUUAGCACAUGCUAUGAAUAUUGAUGACAUCCAAGAUCUUGAUAAUGAAGAUACCGAAAUGCAACCAAAUCCAUCUAGUAACUCAGUCAAGAGGCUUGGAAAGUUUGUUCAUGAAGGAAGUAAGAAACCCAAGACUGCAAUGGUGAUGCAGGAGCAGAUUACAAGGAUCGGUGACGUUGCUGUGCAAUCCCAAUCCUCUUUUGAGUCUUUCAUACGAGCUGAUGGCGCUAGCUCUGUGAAGACUGUCAUGGAUGCAGUCAUAGAAUGUGGCGCUAAUGAAGGUAGUGAUGAGCACUACAUUGCCACCGAGUUGUUCGCCAAAAGAGACCAAAGGGAGAUUUUUAUGCACAUGAGUGUUGGGUCUCGUUUGGCUUGGCUCCGCACGAAGUAUGACCACAAGUAUCCGAAGUAGAUGGUUCAAUUUUAUUUAUGUGUAAUGGUUGCUUAUGUAGCAUGCUAUCGAGACUAUUUGUGCACUUUGUUGAACCAUUGUUUGGAAUCUAGCUUGUAACGGCUACUUGGAUAAUAUUUAUCUCUAUCUAUGGAUUGUAAUGUCUACUUGAAGAUUGUUCACAGCUGAUGAUGCUAACUAUUUGGUUUA